UUUUCAGUUACUCGUGGACAAAGCGCCGCGCGCUUGCAUUGCGGCCCGGGCGGAGUUCCCCGUCCCCUUCCCUUUCCUUCCACACCCGCACGCUCGCUCUCCCUCCGCGCCUUGCCCUCCCCUCGACUGCCGGGUCCGGCCCCUUCGGGAGAGGGUGGGGCGCUCGGGUCUCCGGGCCCCGCGUGCGUGUGUCCGAGCAGCCCUGGGCGGUGGGCGAGGGCGCGGCCUGGGGACCCGGGAGGGGCCGGGGCGCGGGGCUGCAGGAAGUGGAGGCGGCCGCCGCUCGGGGACCGGCUUGGCUGGGUGAGAGACACCCGGAAACGGAUUCCGCUUCGGGGCCCGAGCGAGUCGGGUGCCUCCGAGGGCGCGAGAGGAGCGGGCGGGUGCUGCUGAGUAAUCCCCGCGGCGGCGGCCGGACGCCCACCUCCCACGCCGCGCCGCAGCCGGGCCGCGGCUCCUCCCUCCGCGGUCCUUCCCUCCCCUUCCCUCCCCUCUUCUCCCCUCCCUCCCGGCUCCGCUUGGCUCCCGGCAGGUAGAGCCGGGCUCCGGGCGCGCGCGGGGCCGCAGCAGCUGCUCCCGACCUCGCCUCGGCCCAGCGCAGGGCCUCGCGCGCCCAUGGCCGGCUCGGAGCAGCAGCGGCCGCGGCGGCGGGACGACAGAGACUCGGACGCGGCAGCGGCGGCGGCGGCGCCCCUGCAGGACGCGGAGCUGGCCCUGGCCGGCAUCAACAUGCUGCUCAACAACGGCUUCAGGGAGUCGGACCAGCUUUUCAAACAAUACAGAAAUCAUAGCCCACUAAUGAGUUUUGGAGCCAGCUUUGUCAGUUUUUUGAAUGCCAUGAUGACAUUUGAGGAAGAAAAAAUGCAGCUGGCAUGUGAUGACUUAAAAACCACAGAAAAACUGUGUGAAAGUGAAGAGGCUGGAGUAAUUGAAACAAUCAAGAAUAAAAUUAAGAAGAAUGUUGAUGUCCGAAAAUCCGCCCCCUCUAUGGUUGAUCGGCUUCAGAGGCAGAUAAUCAUAGCUGACUGUCAGGUUUACCUGGCUGUGCUUUCAUUUGUAAAACAAGAAUUGUCAGCUUAUAUCAAAGGUGGGUGGAUCCUUAGGAAAGCCUGGAAGAUUUACAAUAAAUGCUAUCUGGACAUCAAUGCCCUUCAGGAGCUGUAUCAGAAGAAGCUAACUGAGGAGUCCUUGACUUCUGAUGCUGCAAAUGAUAAUCACAUUGUGGCUGAAGGGGUGUCUGAGGAGUCUCUAAACAGACUGAAAGGUGCUGUUAGCUUUGGAUAUGGCCUUUUUCACCUUUGCAUAUCCAUGGUGCCCCCAAACCUGCUCAAAAUCAUCAACCUGCUGGGUUUUCCUGGAGACCGCCUACAGGGGCUUUCUUCACUGAUGUAUGCAAGCGAAAGUAAGGACAUGAAGGCCCCUUUAGCUACAUUAGCUCUGCUCUGGUAUCAUACUGUAGUCCGCCCGUUUUUUGCCUUGGAUGGCAGUGAUAACAAGGCAGGCCUGGAUGAAGCCAAGGAAAUUCUUCUUAAAAAAGAAGCUGCUUAUCCAAAUUCUUCCCUCUUUAUGUUUUUCAAGGGACGGAUACAACGACUAGAGUGUCAAAUCAACAGUGCCUUGACGUCUUUCCACACUGCUUUGGAACUUGCAGUAGAUCAGAGAGAAAUUCAGCAUGUCUGUCUGUAUGAAAUUGGUUGGUGCAGCAUGAUAGAGCUCAAUUUCAAGGAUGCAUUUGAUUCCUUUGAGAGGCUAAAAAACGAGUCCAGGUGGUCCCAGUGCUAUUACGCCUACUUGACUGCAGUUUGUCAGGGUGCCACUGGUGAUGUGGAUGGGGCACAGAUUGUCUUUAAAGAAGUUCAGAAACUCUUCAAAAGGAAAAACAAUCAGAUUGAACAGUUCUCGGUGAAAAAGGCAGAGCGAUUUCGGAAGCAAACCCCAACCAAAGCACUCUGUGUGUUGGCGUCCAUUGAAGUGUUGUACUUGUGGAAAGCUCUUCCAAACUGUUCCUUCCCCAACCUGCAGAGGAUGAGUCAAGCUUGCCAUGAAGUGGAUGAUUCAUCUGUUGUUGGACUGAAGUAUUUGCUUCUUGGUGCCAUACACAAAUGUCUAGGAAACUCAGAAGAUGCUGUUCAGUACUUCCAGCGAGCUGUUAAAGAUGAAUUGUGUCGUCAGAAUAACUUAUAUGUUCAGCCGUAUGCCUGUUAUGAACUUGGCUGUCUUCUAUUAGACAAACCAGAGACUGUAGGAAGAGGCAGAACUCUACUUCUUCAAGCAAAGGAGGAUUUUUCUGGCUACGACUUUGAAAACAGAUUGCAUGUCCGCAUCCAUGCUGCUCUGGCCUCUCUGAGGGAAUUGGUUCCUCAGUGACAGACCCGGAACACCCGUUCUGUCCCUCCCCACCCAGGGUCCGCACUUUAAAAUAAAAGCAGAGGACAAAGCUCUUGUGAAGAUCGGCUUUUCUUCUGAAAACCACCUGUGCCAGGGACACAUUUUCCCAGUUAAGCUUGACAUAUUAAAGAUCUCCUCUUUUAAACAUGUAGCUAAAAAGUAAUAAUGAUGAGGAGGAUGAUGAUGGUAAUAACAACUAACCACAUGGGGAGAGGGUUAAGUGACCUUGCUCAAACGUUUUAGUUUUGUGAUUUAUUAUUUUUAAAAUAAAAUCAAACAAAACAUCCAACCCCAGAUCCUGUCGGAACACCUACCUUAAGCACAUAUCUGAAUGGGUAACAUUACGAGGUACCUGUAAAAUUAUUAACAAUAUUAUUACAUAGCAUUUAUAUUUGUGUUUUGAAAAAAUAAAAAUGCUUUCUAGUGUUUUACUUUAUCCUCA